AUAGUUUCUUGCGCCGAAUCUCAUUUUCUUUUGUCUUCAUUGCUUCACACUUACCCAAAUUCUCUUGCUCACUCACUGCUCUCUUUCCCCAUCACAGAAUGGCCCCUCUUGUCCUCCUCACGGGUGCCACCGGCCUAAUUGGCUUCCGCGUUCUACAAGAACUCCUUCUCAAGAGCGACUACAAGAUCAGAAUCACCGUGCGCUCUGAGGAAAAGGCCCAGCUCAUCCUCUCGAAUCCUGUCAUCCAAAAGGUUAAUCCCGGUGACCGGCUGACCUACGCUAUCGUCCCGGACAUCCUUGCGGAGCAUGCAUUUGACGUCGCGUUGGAAGAUGCGACGUACGUGAUCCACACGGGGUCUCCAGUGCCGGUGCCCGGCUUCGACUCUCUCACCCAAGUCUGGAAACCCACCGUCGAGGGCACUGCCAAUCUGCUGAAGUCCUCCCUCAAGUUCCACACCAUCAAACGUGUCCUGGUCACCUCAUCCAUCGUCGCCAACAUGGCCCCCAUGCCCGACCCCUCCGUCACCGUCACCGCCACCUCCCGCGUGACCCUGCCUGGAGUCCCCGAUACCUUCUCCAAUGUUUUUGAGGCCUACGUUCUGGCCAAGAUCACGGAGCUUAACGACACGGACGCUUUUAUUGAGCAAGAGAAGCCGCCGUUCUCGGUGGCCCGCGUGAUUCCCGGCUACGUCUACGGGCGCGAUGAGUUGGUGCUGAGUGCCGACGAGGCCAUCGCCAAGAGCAGCUCCUGUGGGAUACUGCUGCGCAGUGUGACGGGGAUUGACUGCCCCGCCCCCAUCCACGGCGGGUAUGUCCACAUCGAUGAUCUGGCGCAGGUGUAUCUGAAGGUCCUGCAGCUGGACUCCGCCGCGGGGGGCCUGAACAGCUUCGGUGCUUGCUCGCUCGUCAACUAUGCAGACGCGUGGCGCAUCGUCGAAAAGAAUUUCCCCGCCGCGGUGGCUGCCGGCCAGCUCAAGCAGGCCAGCUUGCCUACCCUCCCUAUCGCCUACGAUUCAACUGUGACGGAGCGCGCUCUGGGGGUGAAAUUCCGGCCGUUUGAGGACGCGGUCAAGGAUGUGGUGAGCUUUUAUUUCGAGAAAUUGGAGGCGGCGAGGGCCUCGAGCAGUUGAGAUUGCUGUCUCUGCCGUGGGUGUUUUUGUAAACUAGGCACAUAAUGUAGUCAAAGAGCAUAGAUCUGAAGAUUGGCAACUUUUGACGUCGAGAAUUUAUUUGAAUGUGACUGAAAUACAUACACUGCUCACUUGCCUACAGGGCUGGCCUCGUAAUCCAGG